UAACACACGCGGAAAAGCCGGCGCUGUUUUCCAUAUUGCGGAUGUAUUUUUGUAGCAGGAAGUGAAGAGUUGUCAAACAAAUCAUGAGUUUUCACUACGGACAGGGGUAUCCAAGAGGCGGCCACCCACCCCAAGGUAACCCAUAUGGUGGAGGCCAAGGGGGCUACGGAGGUCACCCUGGAGGUGGAACAGGCCCCACUGGGGGCCCAUAUGGGGGUUAUGGAGCUCCAGGUUAUGGUGGGCAAUAUGGGCAUGGACCUAGUGGCGGGCAUGGACCUAGUGGCGCGCCUGGGGGUUACGGAGGACAGGCUUAUGGAGGGCAGCCUUAUGGAGGACCUAACCGAUACAACGCUCCUGGAGGUAACGUCCCUCCUGGUGUUAACCCAGAGGCGUACCAGUGGUUCUACAGCGUUGACGCCGACCAGAGCGGCUUCAUCAACGCGAAGGAGCUGAAACAGGCCUUGGUCAACUCCAACUGGUCCAACUUCAACGACGAGACCUGCCUCAUGAUGAUCAAUAUGUUUGACAAGACGCGGUCGGGUCGGGUGGACUUGUUUGGUUUCUCAGCGCUGUGGGAUUACAUACAGCAGUGGAGGGCUCUGUUUCAGCAGUACGACAGGGACCGCUCGGGAUCCAUCAGCGGCACAGAGCUGCACCAAGUUUUAACUCAGAUGGGCUACAAGCUCAGCCCCCAGUUUUCCGAGAUGCUGGUGCAGCGCUUCGGCGGGAGGGGCGGCCCCCAGGGCAUCCAGCUGGACCGCUUCAUCCAGGCGUGCACGCAGCUCCAGAGCAUGACGCAGGUGUUCAGGGAGCGAGACACCGGCAUGACGGGCAGCGUCCGCCUCAGCUACGAGGACUUUCUCGCCAGUGCCGUCACGAGGCUGAUGUGAGCGCGGCUUCGCCAACCGGCCCCGCUCACAGCCGUUGGAAGGCGCGCUGUCAUUUCGGGCAAAAGGUCGACAGCUGCUCAGAUUUUCCGUGCUUCGCCAGAGGUGCCUCCCACACCCAUCCCCCCACACUUUGCAGUUUAUUCAGCGUAGCGGCAGCCACUGCAUUCAAUUUAGAAGCCUGACGUUGCACUCCGAAUGAGGUGCAGAACCUUUACUGGCACAUUCACUGUGUGACGGGGUUUCUAAUAUCUGCUCCUGUAAGAUGUUUGUCUACAUAAAACCAGUCUGAUUAAGGAUAGUAGUUAUAGUUAGAGAAGUUGUUUUUUUAUUUUUUGUAACUUUUUUUUUGCAAAAUUUUUUUUAAAUGUGGGGCUGAAUUUGAGUUAAUAUGUAAUUACAGAUGAUGGGAACAUUACAGUUAUUAGAUUUAUUGUCACACUGAGGCCUCGCAGUUUAAUCAGGCCUUUUCCGAAUAAACUAGUAAAAACGCA